CUUGCACUGUCAUUGUCAAGUAGGAUUUAUUUGUGAGAAUAUUUUAAAAACAAUUAAAAAUGUCUUUGGAAACAGCUCGCGAUGUGGCCCCAGCUGGCUUCAACUUUGACAAUUGCCGGCGCAAUGCGUCUCUUUUGAAAGGCGGUUUUAAGCCACCGACUACAACAAAAACUGGCACAACUAUUGUGGGCAUCAUUUACAAGGAUGGCGUCGUAUUGGGGGCAGAUACGCGUGCUACUGAGGGACCAAUUGUCUCCGACAAGAACUGCGCCAAAAUACAUUAUCUGGCCGACAACAUUUACUGCUGUGGUGCAGGUACUGCUGCUGAUACCGAGAUGACCACGGAUUUGAUAUCGUCGCAACUGGAGCUGCAUCGUCUCAGCACUGAGCGCCAGGUGCCUGUAGUGUGCGCCAACAACAUAUUGAAGCAAAUGUUGUUCCGCUACCAGGGUCACAUUAGUGCCGCCCUUGUGCUCGGUGGCGUUGACAAGUACGGACCACACAUCUACUGCAUACAUCCUCAUGGUAGUGCAGACAAAUUGCCUUAUGCUACAAUGGGCUCUGGUAGCUUGGCUGCUAUGGCCGUCUUUGAAAGUCGCUGGAAGCCUGAUCUAACCGAAGAGGAGGCCAAAUUGCUAGUGCGUGACGCUAUUGCCUCUGGUGUAUUCAACGAUCUGGGCUCUGGCUCAAAUGUGGACUUGUGUGUGAUACGCAAGGAUAGCACUGAAUACUUGCGCAACUAUGAGUUGGCCAACAAGAAGGGCGAACGCCAGCUGGACUAUACUUUCAAGCGUGGAUCUUCCGCCGUGUUGCACACAACCGUGAAAGAUUUGGAAAUCAGUGAGCGUGUAACGGCCGUGCCCAUGGAGGUUGCUUAAGGCAUACUGUUAGGUUUUAUAAGAUUAAUAUGUGGGUCGAUAAAUAAAGCAUGGCUUAGCAUUUCCAUAAAAAAGAAA